GCGGCCACCAGGCGGGGUGCAAAUCGGGCCAGUGGUCCAAUUGAUCUUGAGACCGACCGCGUUCGUAUGAUACAAUCUUACCCUGAGGUCCAGAUUGUAUCCAUUGUUUUGUUCCGGUUACGGAGGAUUCAUUGUGGAGGUCUGGACCUGGAGAAUUGAAAUCAAACCAAGUGCUCUGAGAGAGAGAGAGAGAGAGAGAGAGCGAGAGAGAGGGGUAUUGUGAGUUAGACCGGGAGCAUGGCGGGGGUUAUUUCGGCUGCGGUGCCGGCCAUUGGAAGUGUGUGCGAGGUGCAGGUCAGCGUAGUGAAAGGACCAGGAGUCGAUGGGAAUUUGCGGAGCUCAUUCGUGCCUGCAUUUAGGCACAAUUUCGCUAGGUCAGGGCGUGCAGGGACUGAUGGCCUGAAGAUAAGGAGUAAUGGCGUGAGAGCGCAGGCUGUGAGUGUGGCGGAGGCGCCGAAAGUGUCGCAGGUGGUGCAGUGGCAAGAGAGCAAGCGCAUUCAGACUCAGAGUGUAGUCAUAGGCCCGGAAACCAAAACUAUUCGCUCCUUGGAUUGGGAUCGCGAUAGGUUUGACAUUGAAUUUGGCCUACAGAACGGAACCACAUAUAAUUCCUAUGUAAUUGAAGGAAACAAGCUGGCGGUGGUUGACGCAUCACACGAGAAGUUCCGGGAGUUGUACUUAGCAGCACUUAAAAAUGAGAUUGAUCCAAGUACUAUUGACUACAUUGUAUGCAACCACACCGAGCCUGAUCACAGUGGACUAAUUCCAGACCUCCUGGAGCUGGCGCCGAAUGCCGUGGUGGUGGGCUCAAAAGUCUGCAUCCAGUUCUUGCAAAAUCUUGUCCUCAAACCUUUUAAGAGUUUGGUUGUCAAGGGAGGAGAUACACUGGAUCUUGGGGAAGGGCAUGUUCUGGAGUUUGUUAUUGCUCCCAAUUUGCACUGGCCGGACACAAUGUUCACUUUGGAUCGCAAGUCCGGCAUCAUGUUUACUUGUGACGCUUUUGGCAUGCACUACUGUUCCGAAGCCGUUUUUGAUGAGGAUUUGGAGAAGCUUGAGCCACAUUUUCGGUUCUACUAUGAUUGUCUCAUGCGUCCUAACGCCCGCUCAGUACUAUCAGCGCUGAAACGUGUUAGCGACAAGGAGUUUGGAAUGAUUGCAACGGGACACGGCCCCUUGUUGCGGUACAAUGUCGCAGAUCUGAUGCUGAAAUAUGAGAAUUGGAGCAAAGAUGCUCAAGAAAAGAAGUUGACCUCAGUAGCCGUUCUUUACGUAUCUGAUUACGGUUACAGUGACCGUCUUUCACAGGCUCUUGCAAGAGGCUUGACGAAGACGAACACGCUUGUAGAGAUGUUGGACAUGAACUCUGCGGACUCUCAGGAACUGAUAGAAUGUGUAAGCAAAUGCGCCGCAGUGGUCCUUAUGGCGCCACCUAGUCAAGGUCCUGCAAAUGCAGCGCUCUCAACAUUGGUUCCGGCUGUCAAAGCCAAGCAACCCUUGUUGAUAGCGGAGAGCUUUGGAGGAGAUGAUGAACCAGUGGAUACCUUGUUGCAACGGUUCACGGGAGCUGGAGUUAUUACAAAUUUACCCCCGAUUAGAAUCAAGGACGUGCCCACAGAAGCAACUUAUCAGUUGUUGGAGGAGGCGGGCACUGAUCUUGGCCAACAACUCACUCAGAAGAAAGUCAUUGAAGCAAAGAAGCUGAACAUGCCAGCGGAUGUAGCUAAAGCAAUUGCCCGAAUUUCAGGCGGCCUCUAUGUUGUCACUGCUCAAAAGGGUGUGUCCAGAAGUGCAAUGAUUGCAUCCUGGGUUUCUCAGGCGAGUUUUAAACCUCUAGGUAUCACCAUCGCCGUUGCCAAAGACAGAGCCAUAGAGUCACUCAUGCAGGUUGGUGAUACAUUUGUCCUCAACUGCUUAGAAGAGGGCAAGUACGCUCCACUGAUGAAACACUUCUUGAAACGGUUUCCCGCAGGAGCUGAUCGCUUUGAAGGAGUGGAGUGGACGGCUGGGGCAAAUGGAAGUCCUAUUUUGAUCCAGGCUUUAGCAUACAUGGAAUGUGUCGUAAAGAGCCGUCUCGAAGUCGCAGAUCAUUGGAUUGUGUAUGCCGAAGUUACAGAUGGCAACGUCUCUAAUCCCGAUGGCAAAACCGCUGCACACCAUCGCAAGAUUGGGAACUACUAUUGAGUUCUCUUUCUGUAGAGUGCUUAGUUCCACUUGAGUCUUUUAUGUUACCUCUCCCCUGAUCAUGUGGGAGGUUGUAUCAGAAAUUUACUGCACUUGUACAAAAAUGCUAUCAAAUUGACAUGUAGUCACUUAUAGAUAUUACUUCUAUACAAAUAAGUGUAAUACUCGGUUUGGGUGAGUGUGAAUUUGAAGAACACUUGAGCUCUAGAAUCGGCGAUCUCUACGUUGUCCAUGUUGAGUAGGGCAACCAAAAGUGUGCCUUAUCCUCCCCAGUGUAAAGAUUAUAAAUAUUUUAAUACUCUUUCCUCGUUA